AUGUCGGCCCUCUUGUUUAUUCCACAAAUAUUUUAUUUCUCGCCCGUCGAAGGAGGUAUUUUAUUCCCCGCAAACUCGCCCCGCCUGGCAAGUCUGAGGUGGUAUGCUGUGCAGAUGCAGGAGAGGCGACUCCCCUUGCAGGACUACGAUAGCAGUGGGAUCCUUCUUGCAGACAAUCAUUUUGUCGAGAAAGGCGGCGCCUCUAAAACGUUGCACAAGCAUGCGUACCUAACGGCCCUAUCCUAUAUCAAACGCGGCCUAGCGGCUCUCUGGUCCUGCGCAGCCUCAUGCACGUCGACCGUAACGGGCCGGACAAGCGUAUCCAGUGUCAGUGACGCUGUUCUGUCGUAA